AUGCCUCGACAGACAAGAGAAUCAACGCAGCGAACGAAACCAGUUUUGGGGGCGACUCCAUUGACUGGCGGCGUCUCGACGUCCGCUGCGGGAAGUCCAGCUGCCUUGGGCUCUCUGCAAUCUCUGGAGAAAUCGGCAGCGAAAUCCGGCACUAAACACUUUCGGUGUGAUAGGUGCUCUAGAUCGUUCACUCGGCGUGAGAACCUGUGCGGCAUAUGCGGGAAAGGCUUCUCGCGACGUGACAUACUUUCUAGACAUGAAGCGGGGCACGAAAGAUGGGACCAACAGAAUCCAUCAGUCUCGUAUUCGGGUGGCCCAAGAAAGAGAAGGAGGGUUGCCUUUGGAGAUGACGCCACGAGCUCUACGGAGACGGUGGACCCCAGCCCUGAAGUUGACGAACACGAAGCGACAGAGCAGGAUGCGUGGAAUCAAAAUCAACAACAACUUGUUUCGCCAGGCUUUGCAACACUUGCCGGUGUAUCUGUGCAUGCUGCCUAUCAGUUUAACCACUCCACUGGUCAGCAACGUACGAUUGUUGACCAAAAUUCCAACUCACUCCCGCGUAUCUCAGACGCCCGACUGCCAUUAAAGCAGCCAGCCUUCGGGCAACCAGUUCACGAUUCGUGGACGCCAGAAUCCUUUAAUUUAACCAGAUUCGAUUCAGACCUCCGCUUCCGCUGCGACCGAGGUAUCGCUUCGUAUUCCUUACUAAUUAGCGAACCUUUCCGUAUAUUAGGAGCCGCUAAUCUCGUAGCCUAA